AACUGCAGAAGAAGAAGAAAUCCGGAAGUGAGCUCGUGUUGUAAACAAAACACAUGUGAAGAGUUGUUCUGCUGUCAGAAAGAGCCGGCGUUUGCAUUUGUAAUUGCUACGGUAUUCUUCAGGAAGUCCGCGAAAACGAGGGAAUGGAAGAAGCUCUUGUUCGAGCCACCAUCCCUCAGGAUCUGGAGAAGCUUCUCGGUGUGGAGUCUCGACCCCACCCUAAAGCCUUCACUGAUGCCUUCCUGAAGAACAGCCUCCCGCAUACCACACGCUGCGAUGUGAACAACCUGCUGACCCACAAGGCUCUGAUCCUGGGCUACAGCAGGCCCAAGAAGGACAAGAGAAAGAGCAAGAAACCCAAGGGACUAAACGCCCGGCAGAAGAGGGCCAUGAAGGUCUUCCAGCUCAAACCUGAGCACCAGAGAUACGAGCUCUUCAUGCCUCUGCAUGACCUCUGGAGACAGUACGUUAUCGACCUGUGCAGCGGGCUGAAGCCAACAAGCAAUCCACAGUUUGUGCAGCAGAAGCUCCUGAAGGCUGACUUCCACGGUGCCAUCGUCACAGUGGUGCGCUCUAAAUGCCCGUCGUAUGUAGGGACUACUGGGAUCAUCGUCCAAGAAUUCAAACACGUCUUCAAGAUCAUCACCAGAGAAGACAAACUGAAAGUGAUCCCCAAGAGGAACAGCGUCUUCUCAGUGGAGAUCAACGGCUUCGUGUCCCACAUCUACGGGAGCAAGUUUGAGCAGCGAGCCAGUGAACGCUCAGCCAAGAAGUUUAAAGUGAGAGGAACCAUCGACCUUUGAGGAGUCAGUGACCAUAACAGACAUGACACACACUGCCCUCUGUAGGCAGUCAGAGGAACCAUCGACCUGUGAGGAGUCAGUGACCAUCACAGACAUGACACACACUGCCCUCUGUAGGCAGUCAGAGGAACCAUCGACCUGUGAGGAGCCAGUGACCAUCAGAGACAUGACUCACACUCUGCCUCGUACUGCCCUCUGUAGGCAGUCAGGAGAACUGCAACAACAAUGGCACAUUUAGCAAGUGCAUUGUGGUCUUUUAUUGUUUGUGGAACCAUACCUUUUUUUUGUAUUUUGAAGGGAUCCCUGCUGACUCUGCUCUGUAUUCUUUAUAGUUACACAUGGUGAGGACUGAAAAGCCACUAACUCAGUUAGAUCAUGUUUUCUGUGUGUGAGAAAAUAACUCUGAUGAUGUCAUCACUCAUCUGCUUGGAGAAUUCAAAGUAAUAGGGAUGUACCUAUUACGGCCCUUUUCCCAAUCCAAGUGGAUUUAAUAUUGGGUAUCUUUUGAUUCAAUAUUGUAAUGUUGAUUAAAUACAUAUCUGACACGGUAAAAAUACAGACUGUCAUUUGUAACCUAUUGUAUACCAGCUACUCGAACCAAGAACCAAAGCCUGGUAUCAUUUCUAAUAGUAUUUUGUGCAUGCUUUUGCAAGCGCUGCUUCAGAGUGACAACAAUGAAAAACAUGUCAAAGUGGUUGAAAAUAUGUUAAAAAUCCUCAAAGAAAAGCCUAACUAAAGCCUUUUUAUUAGUUACAUUUCAAAUAAAGCCCAGUUACUUGUGUAGUGUUAGGCUCAUUAGACUGUAAACCUGUAAACUAUGGUAUUUACUUUUCAGAGCUUUGUGUAUAGUGCAUGAGGAAAUAAAAAGGGGAGGUUUUCUGUUG